AGAUUAGGAACAUUUUAUAUUGCAACUCACUCCAGUACACUCAGAAUAACCUCAAAGACUUAAAGAUCAGUUAGUCAUCUGCCCGGCCAUGUCAACAAAAACUGAAAAUGUAGAAGCUUAGUGAAAAUCGAAUUUAUGGUGGAGGUUUUGUAUUGGGUUACAUAGGGUGUUCGUAAUGUUAGUGCAUAUUCGCAAGUUUUAGAACGAAGACAAUUGUCCCUUGGUACACACCGUACGACGUUGAGGUCUCCUUCACAUUGCUAAAAUUAGACAUAAUAGAAAGUAGAUGUCGCAAAACUGCUACUUCCUAUUGGCGUUGACGUGCAUCGGAACCGCCAUCUUGAUACAGCCACCCGCUCCGCUCAGUGCUGUCUGUUUGACAGGCGAAAUGACGUGUCAGUACAUUCAAUCAGUCAUAACUCCCUGAAUACUAAAACGGAUUUUCACAAGGUGUCUUUUCGGCAAAUGUCAUACAUGUAGGUAUGACAUUUGCAAACAUGUACGAAAUUGGAACAACGUGAAGAAGCUGCUGCAGUAUCUGCAGUCCAUUGGAAUAUACGACAGAUUAUGACGAAGAUCUAACAGAUAUCGCAUGGAAACAGCAGAGGGCAGCCAUACGCCUCGGAUGCGUCAGUCUGCCAAAACCGAAGAAGAAGAACACAAAGAGCAUAUUGAAGAAACAGCGAGGAUUGCCUGCCAGGUAUGUAAAAGUCAAUCUGAACGUAAUACCUUUAAACCGUGCCGGUGUGUUCAUGGUCAAAGCAGCCAUUUCGGUCACAUACUACAGAGUUGUGCGAAUCAGCACACUAUCACCAGGAUUAAGUUAAUGUAUACUUAAUUUAGCGCUAACAAUCUAAACAGGCUGAACUUUGGUCACUUGGAUUGAGUCACUUAACGCUGAGUUGCAUACAGACAUUGUCCCUCUGAUCAUAAUUGAUUAGAUAUCAAUAAAAAAUAUAUGAUCAAUUGUAAUUUUCCUUUAUCUAAACCGUGUCGCACUCAUGGAUAGGUAGGAUCCUGUCUGCUGCAGAUUCGGGUGGUCUGAUUCGCAACAAGGUCUGUUUUUCUGCACCUGUCAGAAUGGUAAACGUACAUAAAGGUGUCCUUAUUGAAUGGUAAGAAAUCGAGACGCCAAGUUUGAUCACAAAACGUAAAACUUUAAUUGUACUUUCUAAACAUACGCAGAAUGACAAAUUUUCUCUUACCUUCUGCUCUUUAUCAGUGAUCCAGCCAUGAAACAAUUCCUCCUCUACCUGGAUGAAACCAUGGCCCUUGGAAAGAGGUUCAUCCUCAAAGACCUGGAUGACACUCAUAUCUUCAUCUUGGCAGAGGUGGUUCACACGCUCCAGGAGAGAGUUGGCGAGUUAAUGGACCAGAAUUCAUUUCCCAUCACGCAGAAAUAACAACUUCUUUACAGGACUCUUUCUUCCUUCAUGGACCAUGGAACUGCUGCAGUGUUGGACUUACAAUGAACAGUUUGCAAUUUUUUGGCUUCAGACUGUGUCUAGCAUUUGCUUAACAUUUGUUCAAUUAAUGUAAAAAGGUAUCUCCUUUUUUGCCUUUAUAUGCUGUGUUACCUUUAUUCUGUGCUGUUAGAUGUAUCACUGUGCUCUUACAAUAAUUGUGUUGCUGAUAGUUACAUUAAAGCUUUUGUUCCUUAAAGCCCAUUCUUAUGAUUAUCAACCUAAAUCAAUAACAUGGCCAUAGAUAAACAAUUAGCAAUUACUUAUCAGAAUUUUGACAUUCGUGUACAGCAUUGGCAUGUGCCUGUAACUGAUUGUAAGCAUUGAGUCACAAUACUGUAAAUAAAGGGAUUCUCCACAUGCUUCUUUAUUACCCUCUUUUAAUUCUAUUGUAUAACUCCAACCAUGGCUGUCCACCCACAUCCCAAAAUAUAAUCAACUCUUUAGUCUAAUCCUCUAGAUUAAAGAGUUGUUCUAAUCUUGGGUUUGGAAAGUAUGCCACACUACAUCCUGAUAUAUUUAGACAAAAUAUGAAAAGCAUUUCCCCAUUUUUCUUAUCUUCUUUUCAAAGAAAACAUUUGAGCUCACUAUUAAACAUUUAUUCUUAUUUUCUACAUCACAGCUAUACUCUUUUUUGAUCUUGUUAGUGUAUUGAUAUGCUGUGUUCUGAGUUGCAUUUUGUUGGAUUAACAGACAUCUGCUUCUUUCAGAAAUGAUAUAUUUUGGCUUCAAUAAGUUUUUGAACUUAAUAUGUUGAACACAAAAAGAAAUCUAAUGUCAGGGAGGUGAUUUGACUAAAUUUGACCCAUUGAUCACUCAUUAUUUACAUUCUGCAAAGAGGACAAGAAUACUCAUUGACACUCAUUUCAAAUUCAACUUUUAUUCAUAUGGCACUUUUCAGACAAGAAUGUAGUUCAAAGUGCCUCACAGAGGCUAAAUUCAACAAUAAAAACCCGACCCUCUCACCUACACACACACUCAAUGAGACCCUAAGUCACCAUCACAUACAAACACAGGUGCGCACACAGAGCGAGCAUUUAAAAUAUAUUGUCAAAGAGACAUGGCUUGACACCGAGACAUUGCAUGAGUAAAGAACUACCUUUGGGAAACACUGGAUAUAAAAAGAUAAAAAAGGUAGAAAGAAAGAGUAAUACAGUGCAUCUGGAAAGUAUUCACACGACUUCACUUUUUCCACAUUUUGUUAUGUUACAGCCUUAUUCCAAAAUGGAUUAAAUUCCCUUUUUCCCUCAAAAUUCUACAAAAAAUACCCCAUAAUGACAAAGCGAAAAACUUUUUUUAGAACAUUUUGCAAGUUUAUCAAAAAAAAGAACACUCAAAUGUUGCAUAUACAUAAGUAUUCACACCCUUUACUCAAUACUUUAUUGAAGCACCUUUGGCAGUGAUUACAGCCUCCAGUCUUCUUGUGUAUGAUGCAACAAGCUUGGCACACCUGGAUUUGGGGAAUUUUCCCAUUCUUCCUUGCACAUCCUCUCAAGCUCAGUGAGGUUGGAUGGGCAGCGUCGGUGC